GCGAGAGAGGGACUCCGAACAGUUCGGACGUGCAUCGCGCGAGAACGGCGGCUCAGUUAGCGGCGAGCCGCCACGAAGUUAGGGUUGAUUUUGUCGUCAAACUCUCCUUGUCCCCUUUUUUUUCAAUCGAAAUCGCGUCAGAGUUACCGCAUUAUUAUAAUCAUCUAUAUCUCGUGGUCACUUGUGUACGCGCGUUUUAAUCAUUUCCUCGAACUGUCGCUCGCUCGCUCGCUAUUCGUCCGUUCGUUUUAACUUCGUAACGUCGAUUUUAUAUGAUCGUUUGCAGGAUAAUCAGUAUAAUACAGUAAUGAAGUUAUUGCGGCUAUUGUACUCUUGUGCAGAGUACACUUAAGAUAAAAACAAAAACAAACAACAGAAAAAACAACUUUGUUGAAUAUUUAUUUUCUAAUCAUAUAUGAGAGAGAUCAAAGUUUUAUUUAAGAGAUACGGUUUUUUCAUUUUUUGGUUAUUUAUACGAGAGAUCAUUCUCUUCCAUGUACGAAUCUGAAAUCGUCUUUCGGUUACGCGAUUGGGGUAUAAUAAAAAAGAAGGAAGAGUAAGAGGAAAAAUACAAGAAGGAUCUCUCUCUCAUCGAAAGCGUGUCGAUAUGACGACGUUGACUACGAUUACGAAUAAAACGACUACGACGACGACAACGACGACGAGUACUACGACGAGAAGGAUGUAAAAGAAAAGGUGUUUGCGAGAGAGAGAGAGAGAGAGAGAGAGAGAGAGCAGAUAGAAAAGGGUUCGACGUCAUUUCCUUCCCUCUCGUUUCCCUCCCUUUCGCAAAAGGGGUCAGAGUUCGGGGUAAGAACGAGGAGGAAGCGUGAAAGGGCUUGCUCCGCGGUAAGAGACAUCGAGAGGAUCUCUUCCUGAUUCUUCGUGAAAUCGAAAGAAAAAAAAAAAACAGGGGAAAAAUAAAUACAAUAUAAAAUAUAAUAUCAAAUCAAAUCUGAAAUCAAAUCAAAAAUAAUGUCGAUGCUUUCGAUAGGAUCCUCGUGGAUCCUAGCCGCGCUUUGCGGUUUGGUAUUGGUCCAAACUAGAAGUUCGACAGCGGGUGGAGAAAUAUACGCUAAGAUGUUCUCCAGUCAACAAAACCCUUCGGAUCCUUGUUACGACGAGGACAGGCCGAGAAGGUGCAUCCCGGAUUUCGUAAACGCCGCGUUCGGUGCGGCGGUCGAGGCUUCCUCUACCUGUGGGAGCGGUGGUCCUACGAGAUAUUGCGACGUCAAUGAGCAACCAGGUGGAUCGAUAGGUAUCGGACAGUGUCACAUUUGCGACGACAGCACGCCUAGACGACGAUUCCCGGCUAGUUAUCUGACCGACCUUAACAACCCGAACAACGUGACGUGCUGGCGCAGCGAGCCCCUCGUAACCUCGCAAAGUUUUUCAGCGCCGCCAGACAACGUCACGCUUACCCUGUCCCUCGGUAAGAAAUACGAGCUAACUUACGUGAGCCUACAAUUUUGUCCGCGCGCUGCCAAGCCCGACUCGAUCGCCAUUUACAAGUCGAUGGACUACGGGAAGACCUGGCAGCCCUUUCAAUUCUACUCGUCCCAGUGCCGGCGGGUCUACGGUAGGCCAAACAGGGCGACGAUCACGAAGGCGAACGAGCAGGAGGCCAGAUGCACGGACAGCCAUCGUUAUACGGGUGGCGAUGGUCUUGGACCGGUCGGUCGGAUAGCCUUUAGCACAUUGGAAGGUCGUCCAUCCGCGGCGGAUUUUGACAAUUCUCCGGUUCUCCAAGAUUGGGUUACCGCGACCGACGUCAGGGUUGUCUUCAAUAGACUUCACAUGCCACAACAGCCUAGUCAAGAUCAAGUCUCACAGUUGGGAGUCGUCGACGAGCACGUCGGGCUCGGGGUCGAGGAACUCGCCAAACGGGAAAGGGAACGCGAGAGAGAACGCGAGGAAAGAUUGAAGAAUCAAAAGAGCAACCUUUUGCACGGCGGCGUCGUCGAUGGUUUCGUCACGGCAUUACCCUCUUCCAUUCAUUCCCAUCAAAUGUUGGGAUCACGCGAAAUGCAAUCGAACGACGCACUCGAUCCCCAAGACAUGAGCUUCGUAGCUCCCGUGACUGGGAGCACGAGCAGCAGCAUAGGCACCACCUCGACCACCACAACGAUUACCAGCAAUCUUGGUGGAUUGAGCGUCGUCGGUACCGGGACCCUCGCGCAUCAUUACGCCGUCUCGGACUUCGCCGUGGGCGGCAGGUGCAAGUGCAACGGCCACGCGGCAAGGUGCAUCCCCGGCAAGGACGGCGAGGUCGUCUGCGAGUGCAAGCACAACACCGCCGGUAGAGAUUGCGAGAGGUGUCGGCCAUUCCAUUUUGACCGUCCCUGGGCCAGGGCUACUGCGAGGGAUGCCAACGAGUGCAAAGAGUGCAAUUGCAACCUCCACGCGAGAAAGUGCAGAUUCAACAUGGAACUCUACAAGCUGUCGGGACGUGUCAGCGGAGGCGUUUGCCUGCAGUGCCGGCAUUAUACGGCAGGAAGGCACUGUCAUUAUUGCCGAGAAGGUUACUAUAGGGAUCCGGCGAGGCCGAUCACGCAUCGCAAGGCCUGCAAAGCGUGCGACUGCCACCCGAUCGGAGCUUCUGGAAAGACCUGUAACCAGAACACCGGUCAGUGUCCCUGUAAGGACGGUGUAACCGGUACUACUUGUAACAGAUGUGCCAGAGGAUAUCAACAGAGCAGAUCGCACAUUGCUCCUUGCAUCAAAAUACCGAGGGUCGUACAAACGCAAGGCACAGCUGGAGAAGAAAGUGGAGAACACGAGGACGAAGAUGACGAUCGUGCAUACGAUGGAAGAGCCGAUCAAUGUGGAAAGUGUCGCGCCAGCACGAAGAGAGUCAAUUUGAACAAAUACUGCAAAAGAGAUUACGCUAUACUUGGAAGAAUAACAGACAGGCACAAGAAAAGCGACGGUUCGCAAAACGGUAGUGGUGUCUCUGGGGCAUCUUGGAUACGCUUCACAUUGAAUGUCGAUUAUAUAUAUAAAAAGAAUCCAAAUUCAAGGAUUCGACGCGGUGAUGUUCCGCUUUACGUGCACUCUGCGGAUUUGGCCUGUAGAUGCCCAAAGAUCAAACCAAGCAAAUCGUAUUUGAUCAUCGGCCAAGAAAGUGACGGUGGAAGUCAAGGUGGUCUGACUGUAACGCAAAGAUCGAUUGUCAUCGAGUGGCGCGACGAAUGGCAUCGUCGAAUGCGCCGCUUCCAACGUAGAGCGAGAUCAUGCCAUUGAAGGAGUAGCAAGUCAUCGGCACAUACGAGGACGUAGAAAGAGGGAAAGAGAGUGUGUGUGUGUGUGUGUGUGUGUGUGUGUAUGUGUAUGAGAGAGAAUGAGAGAAAGAGAGAACGAAGGAAAAUUAGGAAGGAUUCGCCCCACCACCCACCCCAUCUUUAAAGAGGAGCCUGCUACCGUUCAUUUUUCUAAUCGCUCGUACCGCCCGAGUGUAUUGAACGGUUCCACCGAUUUUGUGAACGAUAAAAAAAAGAUAAAAUAACAAAAAAAAACAUAUAUAAGCCGAAUAUCGGUAUUCGCGCGUCAGCUCGAUUAUUUCCAGGGCGAGUAUCGAUAAUCGUGCGUCUUCCAUAAUCGAUAUGUGCACCGUACUGUACCGUACCAUGCUAUGCUAUGCUAUGCUAUGCUAUGCUAUGCUAUGCUAUGCCAUGUCAUGUCAUGCCAUGCCAUGCUAUCUCGCACUCGUAUACUACCGGCAUUAUUUGAGAGAUGCUACCGAUUAUAUACCAGACAAACAAAAAUAAAUAUACAAGAAGAAAGAGAGAAAGAGAAAGGUUCUAGGGCGAUAAACUUUCAAGUGAAUUCGAAGCAUCAAAUUUUGAUUAAUUCACGGCGGUAUGCGACAAUAGUAGCAGCAACAGUAGUAGUAGUAGUGGCAGUCUCUCCUUAAAUCGUUCUCAAUCCUUCUGUCGAAAACAAGCGUGCGAAGUGUGUGAGUGAAAGAGAGAGAGAGAGAGAGAGAGAGAAAAAAGAAAAAGAGAGAAAUAGAACAUGAACGAGCACGCGAUCCGAGAGAAUGAAUGCGUGUGUAAAUGAAUGUGAGGAAGAGAGAGAGAGAGAGAGUAAGAGAAACAAGUGGACAAGCUAGUGAAACGAGAAGAGUUUUAAGCGCAAGCAAGGCACGGAAUAUAUUUAGCUGUCGUAUAUUAUCAUCAAAGCCAUAUCGUGCUGUCGGCUCAAGGAGCGAAGAACCGUCGGCUUUGGACACACGUUGGACACGAGCCACGAUUACCAGCUCCUCCAACGUCCUCCUCCAACAUGCACUUCUCCAAACAUCAUGCUCCUCCGCUUGCCGGCAUUUCGCAGCCAGAGAAAAUCGCUUCCUCCUCGUGUUAUCUCGCCAAUUGCGAUUCCAAAGAGACACGAUAUCUUUUUGCGCAUAAUAUGAUAUUAUAUCUACAUUUGUUGUACCGAUAAUAGUUAAGAAACGCAAUCGUGACACGUACAGUGAGUCCCAGAAGUAUUCGUAAUCCCAUUGUCAAUUUAAUAAACAAUCAAUGUUUCAUUGUAAUAAAAUAUUUUCAAAUUCUUAUACACAGAAGCAUAUUUUAAUAUUCCGUGUAUAAAAAUUUCGAAAUUUUUACAUUACAAGAGAAUAUUUAUUUCAAAUUUACAAUGAAAACGUUUAUGAAUACAUCUGUGACUCACUGUAUAUAAUAUAUAAUGCAAAGAAAAAAAAAACAAACUUUUUAUUUCAAUAUAAUAAAUGUUGAAUGAAUGUAUCAAGUCAAAUCGAGGUGUUACUUAACUCUUGUCGGUAGGUUGUUCAGUUUCCGUAAACGAAGUGAAACGAUCAUCGACUUAUAUCUAUCCUUUAUCCUUUUUCGCGAUUUUAAUGCGAACGAUAAAAAGGACGAGCAGCGGCGAAAUAAACAAAACCAUAAGAAUUUCGCAAGUACUGUGCGACCGACUGUAAAUGGCACAAAACUACUUCCAUAUACGCUAACCCCGAGGCCUUUCCUUAAAUGCCUAACCAU